CAUCAAUAUGGUUGUUUCUGAUGGAUUGAAGGAGGUUGGAGUUGCUGUGGAGAGGGUAAGGGAUUGUGUGAAAUGGGUGAAGUCAUCCCCAGCUCGGAUGGCAAAGUUCAAGAAAGGCAUUGAGUAUCUAGAUAUGGAUGGGAAAAGACUGUUGUCUUUGGAUGUUCCGACUAGGUGAAAUUCCACCUAUCUGAUGUUGGAUUCCGCGGAGAGGUUUGAGCAGGUUUUUACGAUCAUGUAUGCUAGUCCUACUGAUUCUUCCUUUCGAGAGUAUGUGGAUUCAAAGAAGAGUCUUCCAACUGAAGAUGAUUGGAGCAGUAUUAGGCGGCUCAUGAAGUACCUGAAGUUCUUCUAUGAGCUUACUCUUCGUGUAUCAGGAACAUCAUAUGUCACUGCACAUACUUUCUACAAAGCCAUUGUGGAUAUUCAUGAAGUGAUAGCAAAAUUGAAGAAAGAUGCAGAUAGACAUAUACAAAGAAUGGCAUUGAGAAUAGAGGAAAAGGUGAGAAAGUAUUGGUUUGAGAAUGAUGUUGCU